AUAAAAAGUGCAGUUAUUCGGUCCCUGCGUUUGGUUCCUUCAGUUGCUGCUUGUUGCUGUUUGUCUCCUAUGUAAAUAAGAAACAAAAAUCAGAAUUUCAAGAAUUACAGCCCUGAAAUGAAGAAAUUUUCAAUGUUCACAAUGUUUUCAUUAGUGCUUGUCACUUGCCGCGCAGAUGAAACUAAGAAUAGCGUUUUCUUAAGAGAACAAGAACUAGAAAAGCGUGCCUUUACAACUUACAGAAAUGCAUGCUUAAGACUUCAAGAAAUGGCUAAUUGGAUGUCUGUAUUGUUCAAGGUUAAAAGUGUAUGGACAAGAUCAACUCUUAUCCACAUGUCUGCAAAAAAACUGAAAACUGAUAUAAAUCAAAGAAAUUUUACGUUUCCUGUGCCUGAAAGACGUAAGGAAACAGAAAGUACGGAUUGUUCAUCCCUGAGAAGUCUCCGAACGACAAUACAAACCUAUGUUCAAUUCCAGGCUCAAUUAUUACAUCUAAAGGCACUCCUUGCUAGAAUUCUUUUGGAGGCAGGAAGAUCCAGGUUCUAUGGUGCAACUGCCAUUUUGAAGGGCAGAGUAAGAAGUUUAGAUGUUUUAAACAGAACAUCAGUGGAUUUAUUCGAUAAUCUGAAACGGAGCAGCAAAAUAUUAUUUUCGUAUAUUGAUGGAAAUUCUUCAAAAGUUUUAAAUCUUAUCCAAGAAAAUCAGAAAAGCCCCAAGUUUUUAAAGUUUCUUCAAGAUCAAAAAGCUAAUAUUCUUCGUCAGAUGAACGAAGCAAAGGAUAUCGAGCAAAAUGCUGGCCGUACACGUUCUCUUUUCCGAACAGGAGACUUUUUCCAAAAUUUAGGACAAUCAAUAGACAAACUUUUCUUGAAUUCCCUACCUGCGAAUUCUAUAAAUUCGUCGGAUAUAAGCAAUGUUACCGAAAGUGGUAUUUCGGAAAGAAUGUAAUGCAUCACACAUGCAAUAGAUUUUAAAAAGGAAUGUAUUUUGCGGUUUUUAGCGAAUGAACUUAUCUAGAAAUUCCGUAGCUUUAUUAGUAAUCUAUAAAAUUCCUACUUUUCAGAUUACGUUCUCACACUUGUGUAAGAAAAUUAAAUUUUUAUUUGUGUA